AAGAUUCCCUUUACACAUAAUUCUACAUUCUUAUUUUGCUGCUCCAACUCUCUCUCUCUCUCCUUCAAUCAUUCUCUCUGCUUUAUUAAUGCCCACAAAAAUGGCUGCUCUACUAAUCCAACCAUAAAAUCAUUAGGGUUUUGAUUGCUUAACCGCCUUUUUCCGCGACGUCUUCUUCACACCGCUCUUGUUCUGGUCCGGAAAUCAUUCUCAUGGAUUCUGCACAGCAGAGGAAGAAGCCUCUGUUCGCGGAUUUAUUCAAAAGCCCCAAUCGAAAUACCGUCGCCGAGAAAGGACAGCAGAAUAUCGCCGCCGCCGCCUCCAAUCCGGCGAGUUGGAGCUCUGGCUCGAGCUGGAACCACUCCUUUCUCUCCUGCGACUCGUCUUCGUCUGGAUUCAGCACGCCGCCGUACUCCGAUUUGGGAUCCUCGGGGAGCGAGGAUGAUGGUGAUUUCAUCGAAGAGUUAACUCGCCAGAUUGCGGAGCGCAUGCUUCAGGAAGACGAUGAAGAAGAUACCACCACCGUCGGCUACAUUCCAGAGGCUUCUGAACAGGCGAUAAAUCGUAUCAAGGAUUCCGGCAACAACGACGUCGGAUUGUGCUCGAGCAGAGUUAAUCCCAGCGACCAAACGCCGCCGAUUCAGGUUUACGAGCUGAAGAACCAGCCUCCGCUUCCGAAACCGGCCGGUCGGAGACGGCGAGUCACGGGGACCGAGUCGGCUCAUUCUCAGAAGAAACCGCUUCACAAAACGGCGCCGCAGCAUCACUGCACGUACACACCUGUAAACGGGUAUACAUCCGGGUCGGGUAUGCAGGCAGUCUAUCUCGGAGGAUCCGGAUCCGGACUCGGCGGGCAAGUCGGUACCGGCGUGUUCCUGCCACGUGUCGCAGUAACUCGCGAGUCCGACUCAGCAACUCGUGACCCGAGUCAACUCAGAAAGAAAUCAGGUUGUUCAGUGGUUCUGAUACCGACAAGAGUGCUUCAGGUGCUGGAAAAGUAUCAUUACAACAGGCUUCAAGAUCUGAAAGCGUUCACAGAUCAAUCGGGCCAAGAGGUGGAUGAAGAAAAAACAUCAGAAAACGGCGAGGAAGAAGGACAGAGGAUGGAGCUACCAAAGGAAUGGACUUACUAGUUAUUUACUCAACAAUGAUUAAUGAAAAAGUUCGAUAUCCUUUUGUCGAGACAGUGAGUCUUGAUGAGCAUUUGUCGGUAAAUAAAAAAAGAAAAAAGAACACACAAGGCUUAGCUUGUCCUGAGGCUGAGGUAACACUAUCAGACAAGCAAGUUAAGCUUAAGGGGGCCCCAAGUUUGGGGUUGGGGUAAGAAUAAAGCAAAGCACCAUUUGCAAGUUGCAAGCAUCAUUUCUUGUACAUUAUGUGUAAUAAAAAAUGGAUGGAGGUAUGAAUAUAUAUAUAUAUAUGUA